CUUUCAGAGACCAAGGACCAUCUCCACUUCCUGCAGACUUUCUCAUCUCGCUGUGUCCUUCCUGCUGAUGCAGACUCACUGAGCUUCACUGUCACUGCUGAUUUCUCCUCUGAGGGCCUGAGAAAGGAGCUGGCAGGUCUGAGGAAGAGUCUGGAGAAGAUCAGCCAGGAGGACAUCAUGACAAGGACUCCAUCAGGUAUAGUGUCUGGUGACAUUGUGUCUGUUAUUGAAGUCCAUGAGGAUGACCAGAGUGACAAUAAGAGGACAUUAACAGGGUGUGAAGCUCCAGUUUUCACCCUCCAGACUCCUGAACUUCAGAACAGAGACGACUUUUUAAAAUACUUCCGUUCCCUUACACUGGACAUCAACACGGCAAACAGAGUCCUCCAUCUGUCUGAAGGGAACAAGAAGGUUACACGUGAGUGGACAAAAGCUGAAUACCCCGAUCAUCCUGACAGAUUUGACUAUUGUGUCCAAGUUCUGUGCAGCGAGGCUCUGAUUGGGACUCGCUGUUACUGGGAGGUGGAGUGCAGUGGAAAAAGUCUGAGGAUUGGAGUCGCAUAUAAAGGACUGAGCAGGAAAGCAUGGGGCAGGGAGUGCAGCCUUGGAAACAACGACAAGUCCUGGAGUUUGCAGUGGUCUCAUUCCCAGUACUCUGUUCAUAACAAUAACAAUACAACUGCAAUUAGUGCCCCUUACAGCCCCAGAAUAGGUGUGUAUCUGGACUGGCCUGCUGGCUCUCUGUCAUUUUAUAGCGUCUCACACACAAUGACCCUCCUGCACAGGUUCAAAAUCUUCUUCACUGAGCCCCUCUAUCCAGGGUUUUUGCUUUAUGAUUACUCCAGUAUGUCGGAGAGGAUUUUUCCAGCAGACAAGCCUUCAAAUCCUUCAGGUGCAUCCGGCUGGACAGGAGUUUCUGGAUCUUGA